AUUACGGUUCAUUGCUUCCUAAUAGCGAAUGGAGUUUUCUCUACUUUCAGUGGUAUUAAAAAUUGGCCCCAAAACUUGUGGCCCACAAUCGACAUAUUUGGCCCUAUCAGUUAAUUAAAUAAACAUUAUUACAUGACUGCGUUAAUAGUUUGUGUCGUUGUUAAUGUUGUUUGUGUCGUGAACAAUUUGUACGACGUGAAAACAAGUUUACGGUAAUUAAAAUUGGGUACCACUGGUAAGGGAAAUCGUCAAACUCGUUUGCUCAUACUCGAACAGCCGACCGAAGUCAACAAGUCAAAGUCCUAAACACUUCAUUGUGAAUUAUCGCCCCGUUACGUUAUUCAGCGAUUAUUGUUAUCGCCGUGUUUUUAACGAAAGAAGUCUUUAAAAACCAUCGAAAAUGGGACGUGUAUUCGUUGUUGGUGUCGGUAUGACCAAGUUCGAGAAGCCGGGCAAGGCGGACGGCGACUACCCCGACUUCGCCAAGGAGGCCAUAACCAAAGCCCUGCAAGACUCGGGCGUUAAAAUCAGCGAGGUGGAGAUGGCCGCCGCUGGCUACGUGUACGGGGACUCCACCUCGGGCCAGCGGGCCAUCUACGAGGUCGGAAUGACCGGAAUACCCAUCUUCAACGUCAACAACAACUGCUCGACUGGCUCCAGUGCCCUGAUGUUGGCCAAAGAAAUGGUUGAGUCAGGUAAGGUGAACUGUGCUUUGGCUGUUGGCUUUGAGAAAAUGGAGCGGGGCAGCCUGACCUCCAAGUUCAUGGACAGAGCUAACCCCAUGGAGAAGCAUGUUGAAGUUAUGGUUGAACUGGCUGGCAUAACUGAGUCACCGAUGACAGCACAGAUGUUUGGUAAUGCUGGCUUGGAGCACAUGAAAAAAUACGGCACCAAGCCGGAGCACUUCGCCAAAAUCGCCUACAAAAACCACAAGCACUCAGUUAACAACCCCUACUCCCAGUUCAGGGAUGAGUACACGUUGCAGCAAAUCAUGAACUCCCCCGCAGUGUUUGGGCCCCUGACCAAACUACAGUGUUGCCCCACUAGCGACGGGGCCGCUGCAGCCAUCGUAGUCUCAGAAAACUUCGUGAGAAGUCACGGCUUGGAAAGCCAGGCCAUCGAAAUCCUGGGCAUGGAAAUGACGACGGACACACCCACCACUUUCGGUGACAGCUGCAUGAAACUGGUGGGUUACGACAUGACCAAAGCUGCGGCGGACAAGCUCUUCCGCAAGGCCAACAAGAACCCGAGUGACGUGCAAGUGGUGGAGCUGCACGACUGCUUCUCAGCCAACGAGUUAAUAACGUACGAAGCCCUAGGACUAUGUCCCCCGGGAAAGGCGGGCGAGUUCAUCGACAAAGGCGACAACACUUACGGGGGCAAGUACGUGGUGAACCCCAGUGGAGGGCUCAUUUCCAAAGGGCACCCCCUGGGUGCCACAGGCCUGGCCCAAUGUGCUGAGUUAUGUUGGCAGCUGAGAGGCCAGGCUGGAGCCAGACAGGUACCCGGUGUUAAACUAGCACUGCAACACAACAUCGGGUUGGGCGGGGCCGUCGUCGUGGCCCUGUACCAGCACGGCUUCCCCCAGUACCAAAACAAGAACGUAGCUGUAAGAAAAACCAAACAAGCCACCAGCGAGGAAGGCUUCAUCGUCACCCCCUACCUUAAAAUCCUAGAACAAGCCAUGCAAGAAGACCAAGACAAUUUAAUCGAAAAGCACAGGGGCAUCUACGGCUUUAAAGUAACAAAGAAAAACGGCGACGAGGGUUACUGGGUGAUAAACGCCAAAACUGGCAAAGGUUCAGUCGAAUUCAACUCGAAACUCAAACCUGACGUUACUUUUAUUGUUAAAGAUGAGGAUGUUGUCGAGCUGAUUACCGGAAAAAUUAAUCCGCAGAAAGCGUUUUUCCAAGGGAAAGUUAAGAUUCAAGGAAACAUGGGUCUGGCAAUGAAACUCACCGAUUUGCAACGUACCGCUUCUAAGAAAAUUGCGGACUUACGUUCUAAACUCUAAAGACUACUUCAUCGUAUUUCUUACUUGUUAUUUGUUUUUUAUAUAUUUAAGGGCAUAGAUUGUGGUAUUCAAUAUUAUAUAGGUUUUAUAUUUUUUAUAUAUACAAUUAUAUUUACAUAUAAAAUUGUUGUAUGUACAUAGUUUUAGGUUUCAAUAAAUUGUUUCAGUAUGUA